GCCAAUGACAUCAUCCACCACGGAGGAGAGACAGUCAAAAGCACAUCUAUCCCCAGGCAGGGAGAGGAAGCGGGCCCAUUUAGAUCAGGAGGAGGAGGAGAGCAGCAGCAGCAUGAGAGCGGGACAGUGUCAUAGCGGCGGAGGUGCACACAGCACUAAAGUGUCUUUGACAAGGAUAUAGGACUCAGCUGGGGAAAUUGUUUUCUUUUGGUUUCUCCUCUGCUUCCAUUGCUCCGUCCCUCCCCCCUCCCCUUACCCUUCUCCCCUCUAUCUUCUGAAAGUUAUCCUCUCUCUCAGCUUCUGCUUCAGGCGGCUCCUCCGGGCAUGCUCCUUAAGCCAAAGUAUGACCGCUUUCGCAAUGAGUCUGUAACCUCCUCCGAUGACCUGAUGCAGAGCUUAGCCAUGAGCAGCAAAGUAGUGGCCACACCGGUGGUCUCCUCCUCCGCACAGAGUCUGCCUCUGCCUCCUUUGCCUCCUUUGGAUCCCAGUGCUCGGUCCUCCUCAUCUGCAGGGGCUGCAGCCCUGGCAGACUCCCCCUGCCUAGAUGGGGAACAAGAGGUCACCACAACCUUCUGCAUGCUCAUCCCCAGGAUGCCCCAAUGGAAGUUCUCCAAUUCCUUGCUCAGCAGGAGCCCAUCCAGCUCUAGCAAGGACUCAACCAAGACAGCUUCCUCCCAGGGCUCAGUCUCCUCAUCAUCAAGCAGGAUCAGCGGGGCAAGCUCAGCCAGUGGCCCCGUGGCCAGCCUUGCGGCCGUACUAAACUCUUGUGACCCUGUCUGUGUCACCCCCUGUUCCUUACAGGCCAUCCGAGGGCAGCGGGCAGUAGCAGCAGCUGCACCCUCUGGCAGUCCAGGAGGACAAGGCUUUGGGGUCGCAGCAGAGGUCAUGGUGAGCCCCAGUGUUUCCAGCAGCUCCAGAUCAGGAAUGAAUCGCAGGACAAGGGUUGAAGGCAUGUGGCUGGGGGGAGAGGACCUCCAUACGAAGGGUAGCUUCAUCCACAAACCCUCUCAGGGUUGGCUGCACCCUGACAAGAAAAUUGUGGGGCAAGGAGCUUCUUACAUUGUCAGGUACAUGGGUUGCAUUGAGGUGCUGAAGUCAAUGCGCUCCCUGGACUUUAAUACACGGACUCAGGUGACAAGGGAAGCCAUCAACAGACUUUGUGAGGCAGUGCCUGGAGGAAAGGGGGCUUGGAGGAAAAAGGUACCAAGCAAAGCUCUGCAGUCAGUCAUGGGAAAGAGUAACCUGCGAUUUGCAGGCAUGAGCAUCGCUGUGAAUAUUUCUAUAGAUGGCCUUGGCCUGCUCAUCCCAACUACACGACAGGUGAUUGCGCACCAUCCCAUGCAGUCCAUCUCAUUUGCUUCUGGAGGAGACACAGACACACCAGAUUAUGUUGCAUAUGUAGCCAAAGACCCAGUAAAUCAAAGAGCAUGUCACAUCUUGGAGUGUUCGGAUGGUUUGGCCCAAAGUGUCAUCAGCACCAUUGGCCAGGCUUUUGAGCUGCAGUUCAAACAGUAUCUCCACAGUCCUCCUAAAACCAUUUCAUCUGCAGAGAGGCCUAUUCGGACAGAGGAGCCAGUGUGGGGUGAGGAUGAAGAUGCAUCUGAGCACGACUACUACAACAGCAUCCCUGGAAAGGAGCCUCCGGUUGGAGGAGUGGUGGACUCCAGGCUGAAGCCCAGCGGGGCCCUCCUGGGUCACAUCCACACUCAGCCACAGAACAAGACAGGAACUCAGAUGGGCUCACAGGGCAGGAGGGAGCAGGGAUCCUACCCACCAGGUCAACUCUGUUAUGAGCUUCACUGGGACACUGAGACCACCCGUAGCUCAGAUGGUUACCUGUGUGCUGAUGGUCAGCCUCCAGCCAGCAAGGACUAUGAUGAGCAUCAGUAUGUAAACACACAGAGCCUGGAAAACCUUGAAUCACUAACACAUGGAGCAGAUGGACACAGAGGCGCCAGGGCACAUGACAGUCCUAAAAAAGACCUCUUUGAUAUGAGGCCAUUUGAAGAUGCGCUGAAGCUCCAUGAGGCUUGUGGAGGAGCUGCUGGCUCCAGUGUAUCAGGAAGCUCUGGCUCACAAGCCGGAGGAGGGGGGGUUCGAAACUUUGAGGACCAGUGGCCCAGUCCACCAAGACGCAGGGCCCCUGUGGCCCCAAAUGAGGAGCAACUCCGCAGGGAGACGUGGUACCACAGCCGCAUGAGUCGGAGAGAUGCAGAGAAACUGCUGGUUCGAGAUGGAGAUUUCCUCGUCCGGGAGAGCACCACUAAUACUGGGCAGUAUGUACUAACAGGCAUGCACUGUGGCCUGCCCAAACACCUGCUGCUAGUGGAUCCAGAAGGAGUGGUCAGAACGAAAGACAUGCUGUUUGACAGCAUAAGCCACCUUAUAACGUACCACCUGCGGAACGAGUUGCCAAUUGUUGCAGCAGAAAGCGAGCUCCAUCUUAAACAGGCUGUCCGGAGAAAACCAUGAGCAUCAUGUGUUGGCGUGUGAUGCUGAAGUCCUCUGCACCCAUGGACACAUUGAGCUUAAAAAACUGGGUGGGUUUUUAUCCUGAAAGGACACAUACUAUCUUGCCUACGAUGUACUUUAAAUGAAAGCAAAGAAUCAAGUCAAGUUGUUUCAGUCCUCUGGCUGCCAGGGUACACCACAUUUUGGAUUAUCGAGAUAAACUCCUCAGCAUGCAGACCUUAAGCAAACCACAAUGCAGAAUACCAACACCUCAUCAGUAAACGUCCAUAACUAAAGAGAAGUGCUUCUAAAAAUCCACAACUACGCUGUUAGUGGCCAUUCCUUCUGCAAACCAUGAACAUCACCUGAACACAAACUGGAAGGGAGUUGCUGGUGCAGAUAUCAAAUCAAGAGAUGUCAGCUUUCAGAUUGAAAAGUUAAUUUCUAUAAAGAUGUCGGAAGGGACCGUUAGUUGGUGGAUAAUGAGAAGCAGAUCAAGGAAAGUCUCUUUUUGGAACAUAACAACUGUUAUUUGUACAUCGGUCUCCAGUAUCUGAGAAGUCACUCAGAUGCAAAGCUUUUGUAUUUUCUCUUUUUGCCACCAUAUAUAAAGAAAACAUGAAGCUUUUCUACAUUUUAAACUCCAGUUGAUGUUCGUUGUCUCAGUUGCUGUUUGUAAGGAAUAUCGCCUCCAGAGAAGACUUUACUAAGUAAUGAAUCCUAAAUCCAGGGUCAAAGCUAACAUCUUUGUUUUUAACUGACUACUACAUCUCAAUAAAUUAUAUUACCAGAAACAAUUUAAUUUCAUAUUACAAUUAUAAAAGUGAAACUCAUAUAUUCCAUAGAUAUAUCAUAUCUGAGCAUUUAUUUAGUUGAUUUUACUGAAUAAACCUUACAGCUAAGGAAAUUACCAGAGAAAUGCAGGGACUCAUACUACUAAUAAAUCAAAAGCAAGAAAUGUUAUGACCAUGUUAUGUCACGUGCAACGAUAAGACAAGACCGCUGAUCUACAGCUCGCCAGCAGAUAGUUACUCCCCGCAAAGAGAAUAGGGGAUAAGAGUUUGUCUCUAAAGAAGCUAGUUGUUCACAGAGUGCUGUAUCUAAGCAUAUUAUUGGAAAAUUCAGUGGAAGGAGAAAGUUUCAUAUUGUCUAGCCUCCUGAAAAAGAGACAAAGUUAGAAGCCUCCUCCUUGUGUUAAAUGCGAGAAUGACUGGACUGUUCUAAUUGUAGGUCCCAGAGUCUGGAAGAAGAGUAAAGAGACAAAAGCUGCCUGAGGUCCAGUGCAAAGUUUCCACAGCCAAUGACUUAGGGUGUCAUGUAAUUUACUUAUGUUGGUGUACUCUGUUUUCUGAAGUCACUUGCCAAUGUAGCCCUCUACCAGAAAAUUUUAGAACACUCAAUUGUUCCUCUUACUUAGCAGGAAUUUUGUGCACACUGUGUAAAAUGCCACACCAGACAUUAUUAUAACUCUGAGCUUAUUUGGGCAAAAGACAAAAAAACCCGAAAGAAUUGAUGAGAAAUUGUCAAAAGACGUAUGAGACACAUAGGAAACAACAUUGGGGAUGUGGGCCUCCUGAACAUCUCAGUAAAGUAAGACACAGAACACAUCCAUGCCACUUCACAUGGAUGCAGUAAUUCAUAUUAAAGGUGCAUGACUGGACUUUUCUGCAGGUCAGCAUCUCUAUUUUAAAACCGUUUUUGUUUUUAUUCUUAUGUAGAUUUCAAAUUUUCGGAGAAACAUAAUUUUAGGGUUUCUGUUAACUGCAUGACUUUUAGAUAAUGAACAGGAAUGAAAAUUUCUAAAUUUCGGAGUUAAAUGAACCUUUCUGAGUUUUACUUUUUUUUUUUUUGAAAUGAAAUGAAUGUUUCAAGUAUUUGGUUUUUUGUUAGGAGGGACCUGCACAUGUUUUUUUUUUUUCCCCAGUGCCUUAAUAACUACACUGGCAGGCAUUUGUCUCAGAGUGUAUAUAAUGUGCAGUUCUGCCCUCAUUGAAAAAGACUACAUUUUCUUGCCAUGCAAAUAAAAAAAGAAAAGAAAGAUGAGGAUAAUCAAGCUCAUAUGUUUGUUUGCAAACAGUGAUGUAAGCUGUUCCAGUUUUCUGUUUGGUAAUCACACUCUUUCCACUGUCUCGUUAUUAAUCUGUUUUGUGAGAUCCUCAGAAAAGAUGCCCUUUCCUUUUGUGUGUAACUGCUUGCUCUCCUCUGCUGUGAUUAAUGUUAAAAUAGGGAUAUAGAUGUGCAAUUACUCAUGUUGUCCCUGCUCAGGAAACUCAUUAAAUUGAUAACCAUGUUAUUAUUUCUAUAUUUAGGCUGUACACCUUUGUAUUGCCUCCUCAGGCACACCAGGAAGUGGCUCAGCACCUUCCUAUCCCUGUAGUACUUUAAGUUUUUCUGGUUGUUUGACAGAUAUAUAAGGUAAACUACAGACUUUCAUAGAGAUCGGAAGUGAAUAAUUGUUUUCUUUUUCUCAGGAAUUUCCCAGAUUUUUUCCCCCCUUCUUUCUUAAGUUUAGUCAAUAAAUCAAAUAUGAAAGGGUAUACAUA